AGCAUACGCGCGUGAUCAAUGCAUUCGCCAAAUACAAUAAGAACGUGCGGCGAAGAGGACUGUGCGCAAGAGUAGAACAACUGAGCAUAUUUUUUUUGCACAGACUUUUAACCGAAUCCGAAUGAGCAACAAUGGGGGAAUGGACAAUACUAGAGCGGCUAUUGGAGGCUGCUGUUCAGCAGCAUUCUACUAUGAUCGGAAGGAUCCUACUGACAGUGGUAGUGAUCUUCCGGAUUUUGAUCGUCGCUAUUGUUGGGGAGACGGUGUACGACGACGAGCAGUCCAUGUUCGUGUGUAACACCCUCCAGCCCGGUUGUAACCAGGCGUGCUAUGACAAAGCCUUCCCCAUCUCCCACAUCCGAUACUGGGUGUUCCAGAUCAUCAUGGUGUGCACCCCCAGCCUGUGCUUCAUCACCUACUCUGUGCACCAGUCGGCCAAGCAGAAGGAGAGGAGGUUUUCCACCAUUUACCUUUCCCUGGACAAGGACCAUGAUUCUAUGAAAAGAGACGACAGUAAAAAGAUCAAGAACACAAUAGUGAACGGAGUACUACAGAACACGGAGAACUCAACCAAAGAAUCCGAGACUGAUUGUCUUGAGGUGAAGGAUAUGCCCAAUUCAGUCAUGAGAACUACCAAGUCCAAAAUGAGACGGCAGGAGGGCAUCUCAAGGUUCUACAUCGUACAGGUCAUUUUCCGAAACGCGUUAGAAAUAGGGUUUUUAGUGGGCCAGUACUUCCUCUACGGAUUCAACGUCCCUGCGGUGUAUGAGUGUGAUCGAUACCCUUGCAUCAAAGAUGUUGAGUGCUAUGUUUCAAGACCCACGGAGAAGACCGUGUUCCUUGUCUUCAUGUUCGCCGUCAGUGGGAUAUGCGUGGUGUUGAACCUCGCAGAACUCAACCACCUCGGCUGGAGGAAGAUCAAAGCGGCCGUGCGAGGCGUGCAGGCUCGGAGAAAGUCCAUUUACGAGAUCAGGAACAAAGACCUGCCUCGGAUGAGCAUGCCCAAUUUCGGUCGCACUCAGUCGAGUGACUCCGCCUAUGUGUAGCGCCUGGCGGCAGGUUGCUGGGGGUCAGGAUGGAGGAUAUAGCAGCUGUAUUGUGGCAAAGCAGAAAGAAUGAUG